AUGGUGGCCUCAUCGCCUUCGCAGCCCUUUGCCUGCGCCGCCAUCCCUCUAAGUUAUGGUCAACUCGCCAUCCCGCAUCUUCACUCAUCGCAAGAAGCCACGUUCGAUAUCGACAGCCCGCUCAUAAACCACUAUAGCCCAGCGGCAUCAAACCAAGCUGGUAGUCUUGCACCCGACUUUGUCGUUCAACGCUCGCCUCCCGUGCCCACCACACCAGCGCCCGCCAUGGUCGACGCCAAUAUCUUGGCGCAAAUUCCUUCUUCGUUCCUCUGGACCGUGAUUUUUAUCGUCGCUGCCGUCUUUCUCUCCCUUAUCGUCUGCGCUCAGAUCAUCGCAACAUAUACCACUGCCUACAUCGCAGCUCCCCACGAGGUCACAGCCUUCCUCGAUGCCGUCGACUUCUCUAUUCAAGAGAAUGAGAGCUACGACAGAGACAUUGCUCGCGCCACGCGUUUGGAGGACAAGAUGCGCCUCGGUCAGCUGUUGCGCGAGAUUCAGAAGUGCGGCGAUGACCUGCGCGAGGACUUGAACCAGAUCGUCAUUGGGGAGAAUGGCACGACGCUCCGGACAAGCGCUCGCGUGCUCUGGGCUGGACAUCGCCGAGGCUUGGAGGAACGCAUGAGGCGACUAGACAUGAUGCGCAUGCGAUUCAUGGUUGUCUACAUGGGCAUCCUCACCAGUGCUGCUGGCGAACGAGAGAAGCAAGCUCUCAUAAAGGAGAAGCAGAUCAUGCUCAACACCCCUCCUUCCUCUGGCGCACACCACGAGCACCAUGACUGCGCUCGAAAUGCUCCACACAUGCCCGAAACACCAACGCGACCAGCUCACCUCCAGGCGCUCCACAAGUCAAUUACCGAGGCGGUAACCACCAAACGGCCACAGCUGACUCGGAUCAAGACGCAUUCACAAGCCAUGGGCCAUAGCGACAAGCGCAGUCAACCUCAGCGGCUUGGCUGGCUUGGCGUUGUCGAGGAGCUGCGAAGGAGUCCAAUACUCAAGCAGCGGCAUGCGUCCAUAGAAGAGGCCAUGCGCUCGCCACCAAUGUCGCCCCUUGGAAGCCCGCUCCUCCAGGCCAUUCCUACAACUGUGCCGAUAAGCAGUGUCCUCGAAAAAAUCAGCGACGACUUGACGCUGAACAAGAACAAUGACGACGCAUAA